CAAACUCAGUCUGCUAUGCACAUAGCACACCAGAGAGACGCCCGCAAUAUACGUACACAAUGACUAGCACAGAGAGCGCUGGGGUGACGAUACUUCCAACGCAGGAGAUAACUUCAGAAAAUUUCAACCCCUAUGGCCAAGUGGUUCGUCCUUCUAGCGAUGGAUUGCCUUUCGGUCCAGCCGAUGCUCAGCUCAAUCUGAGCAAUGGUACGCCACGCUUCUAUAUCAUGCAGCUGGAGGGUCGAGGGCUCCGGAUAGAUCGCAUUUCCAGACACCAGAAGUGUACUCAGUGCUUAGGGGCAAUCGACGGAAAAGACUGGUACAUGGUAGUGGCACCUCCCAACAAGAACUCUAUCAUGCCUGACAUGUCGCAGAUGAAAGCGUUUCACAUACCGGGAGAUUGCUUUAUCAAAUUAGAGAUGGGAACCUGGCACGCUGGACCAUACUUCGAGCACGAGAGUGCCUCCUUUUAUAACUUGGAACUAGCCGAUACUAAUGAAACUGAUUUAUACGACCACGUUUUCGGAGAAGAAUUUGAUAUAUCCCCCGUUACUAAGUAAAGGUAGAUCGCCGGAACAAACAUGUUUCAAAAGGACAGUAGCUCAGCGUUCACAACAAACUAGUAAUUUUUACCUGCCUCAUGCCAGGUCAUAUUUGCCGAAUAAUUGAAUGCUAUGUUUCGACGAUGGCGCAUAUGCA